UAGAAAUUUUUGCUGAGGUUUGGUUUUCCUCUUUUUUAUUUUAGCAGUGAUUCAGUGAAACUGAAAAGUGGGUCUUAAUGGAAUAUUUCUGUCAAUUUAUGAAUUGUUUGUAAACAGAGAAGUGGUACUAUGUUUGGCCAAGAGGAAUGGUUGCUUCUUGAUGUUAUAGGGGAAGUUUGUACAGUGUGCAUCAGCUCACUGGUAUCACCGUGACUGCCAGCUGACAGUUGACUCAGCAUCUGCUUGUCCUCACUGUGGUCUUAAUUCUCCUAAUACAGAUGUGAUGCUCACUAUGAGGUCAGGCAAGAACCCUGUGUUCUUGCCACAGCAGAAGCCACCUAAGAAAGUGCCAUCUGCAAAGAUGACUUUCAGCACCAGCAGGGCAGGAGCAAAGACUGAAGAGAUGAUUCUGAAAGAACCAACACCUCCACUAGUGCCACCAGCAAUGCUGACUUCACAGUUUCCUUCUACAGGAUUGGACAAGGACAAGUUAGCCGAGUUGUUGAGUGUUGCUUGCAGCAUGUGCAAACCCACUACCCCUGCUUCCAGGUCUGUCCUUUUAUGUUUUGCUUGCGCUAGUAGCACUCCGUGAUGCAGCCAUUUUCAAGGAGGUGAGGAAUUCUUGGGAUAGAGAGCACAUGCUGUUAUAUUAAUUUAUAAUUUUAAUCAACGUUCCUUGAUUAACUUAAUUACUUACAAAGAAAACUUUGUAAAAGUGUCAGAAUUUUUAAUGUACGUUUAAAAAAGGGGGAAAUGACAGUACCAAAGCUUCAAUACAGAACUUUUAUACAGAUUAUUGGCAUUCAAUUUAUUUAUUUUUCUGUUUCUUUGUUGGCAGUUUGCUAAGUAGUUUUGAGAGGAUCAGUACAGUGCAGUUCUAUCUAAAAAUAUGGUUGCUGAUGUGUUUAUAAUUAUUUAAUUAUUUGUGGUUUAUUAAAUUAUGUCAGUAGCUCAGGCUGUAUAGCAUUGAACCCGGAACCUCCCAAAUACAAAACAGAGUGCUUAGCAUUUAGCUGUGACAUUUGUCUGAUAUGGCUGCUGUGACCUGUAUUAAUAGUGGUGUCCCAUUGCUUCACAUUCAGUACAUUUUAUGUCUUUGUUUUCAUUUGAUGCUUGUUAUUCAACAUUCCAUCACUUCUGUUGUUAUGUGAUAUUUGUGAUGUAAUGUAUGCAGUGAAACCUGAAUAUAAUUGACAUGUGGUGUUGGCAUUUAUUUGCUUGCUUUCCGUGUGAAGCUUAUUUUGAAUAGUUGCAUAUCGUCAGUUGUUACACAAUGUAGGAUAGAGCAGUUGUGGUACACAAGUUUGGAAAAAGCAUAGAUCAUGCUGCACUAAUAGGCUAAGGUGUCUUGAAAGAUAAUUUUAUACGUUUUGUUAAUAUGAUUAGUAUUUGGCAGUACCUAUCACUGUGAGCAACUUGCAGCUAAUCAAGAACAUCAAACGAGGACAUGUCUAAAUGUUGAACACUUGGACAGAUGCUUGUGAAUCGCAACAAAAUGGAAAUUAAACCUGAAAUCUAAAGAUUGCUCAAUCAUUAACAGUAGCAUUUUGAUAAUGCCUGAUUCUGGUAAGGAAAGGUACUGAGUAAUAUGUGAACCUGGUUGUAAUAGUAAGUUUGUACCAAUUUUAGUAAAUUACCAUAAAAUUUCAGCAAAUUGAUUUCAUUUAUAAUCUUGCUUCCUGCAUAUUGUUGAACAAGGGUGAAUGUGGACCUAGAUGUGGAAAAGGUUGAGAACCCCUGUUUGAGAAGGUUUAAAGAUGAUACUGAAUUCAUUUUCAUCAGUUGCUAGUACAGAUUAACAUGGCUUAGAAUCCAGGUAGCUUGACAGCAUGUAGAUUUGUUGGAGGAAACAAAAAGUACUUGGCACAUUUUUGUGAGAACUCACCUUAAGAGGUUACUUUAAAUACUAAGGAGAUAGAAGGUUAAUAUUUUAAUAAAAUUGGAGUAAUUGGUUGUGAGGAUAUGAGCUGGACUGAAUUGUCAUAAACAUGAUAAAUUAUUUUGGACAUUGUCCAUAAGAUCAUGUAGGGUUUGGAUGUUCAUGACCUAAAAAACUUAGAAAUAUGCAUGCAAAUAUGCCCUCAAAAAUAGCGAAA